GAGCGUAUGCUUUUAUGUUUCUCCACUUUUUAGGUUCUUUAGUCUUUUAACUAUAUCGUUGGAGCGUUGACGCGUGUAAGAUUCGUCGCGAUUUCGGCGUGAUUUUCUGUUUCUGCUUGUUUUCACGGGCGGAGUGAGAGGUGGUGGGAGUGAGAGGGCUUUCAGUGGGAGAGUGUGUUCGGUUUUUCCUGCCACGGGUUUUCACGGGAACUCCCGUCGGGCCGGGACUGUUUGGUGAAUCGAUCGAUCGCGGUGCGCGUUGUUUGUGUGGAAAAAUCGUGUCCUCUCCGCGCUUUCCUUUCCCCACAGCCGUGUGCGCCGUGCCGUUCGAUUGUUACGUGACACGAGUUAUCCUUUGCUGCAAGUUAUCCUAUUCCAAUGAUAACGUUUCAACAGUGGUGAGGGUUGUGUAUGAAAAUAACAAGCAGAGGAAAGCAACAAACACAAAACCCGGUAACACCAAACCCCAUUUUCUAGCGAGUUGUUGUGUGAUGUUGAGCCCGGAAGAGGUUCAUCUUCUGAAUGAACACCUAACAGCAACAUUCAGAAACGUGCGUGCGUACGAUAGAAACCACCGGUGUACGGUUGUGUCAGUGUAACGGGGUCUUCGCUACCAGCUGCUACUGGUGUGGUAGGGGUUUAUUACAAGGGACAGAAGCAGCAGCACGGCCAAGGUGUGCAGCACGCGCAACGAUACACUCUUUCGUGCCUGACCCGCUGCGACGAACUCACCGCACCGCAAAAGGUUCUGCCUGUAAACAGUAAACUAUUCCGCAAACCCACUGCCAAGAUGAUGGUCUACCCGGAAGAACCGAUCUGGUCCAUUCCACACAUUCCGGCACUGUACGAUGAUGGCGAUUACGGUGUGAACGUCGUCGAAGCACUGCAAGAGUUCUGGCAAAUGAAGGCAGCGCGCGGAGCGGACCUGAAGAAUGGCGCACUAGUGAUAUACGAAUCGAUUCCGUCCACCAGCCAACCGUACGUGUGCUACGUGACCCUGCCCGGUGGAAGCUGUUUUGGGAGUUUUCAGAACUGCCCCACGAAAGCAGAAGCACGGCGAAGCUCCGCGAAGAUAGCUUUAAUGAAUUCCGUAUUCAACGAACACCCGUCCCGGCGCAUCAGCGAUGAUUUCAUCGAGAAGGCGGUCACCGAGGCGCGUGCCUCGUUCAAGGGCGAUCAGAACCAGGAGGACGACGGGCCCGACACCGGCAUCGGAGCGUUCAGAUUCAUGCUGGAAACCAACAAAGGCCGCACCAUGCUCGAGUUCCAGGAGCUGAUGACCGUGUUCCAGCUGCUGCACUGGAACGGUUCGCUGAAGGCGAUGCGCGAACGGCAGUGCUCGCGGCAGGAGGUGGUCGCCCACUACUCGAACCGAUCGCUGGACGACGAGAUGCGCCAGCAGAUGGCGCUCGACUGGAUCGAGCGGGAGCACGAAAACCCCGGCCUGCUCAGCCGGGAGCUGGCUAUAGCCGAGAGAGAACUAGAGACUGCCCGUCUGGCGGGCCGGGAGCUGCGGUUCCCCAAGGAGAAGAAGGACAUCCUGCAGAUGGCGCACAACCAGCUGACCGGGGGCAGCAACAUCAACAGCUGAACCAGUCGCCUGCUGCCAUUUUUGUUUCUUCUCCCCCUCCGAUCCCGCUUUCACCCCACUUCAACAUCCCGCGGUGGCCGCGGACGCAUCUAACGCAAGCAAGCUAAUUUUAACUUACAUAUUAUUAUUAUUUUUUGUUAGGCAUUGUUUUUUUUUAUAUGAAUCCGAUUAACGGCAACACAUUGCACACAUACAUGGCCGAUGACGACGCCGACAGUAGUGGGUAGUUGACAGGCACGGCGUUACGGAAAUGGAAAAGCAUGUAGUAGAUCUCUGCUACCUGAACGAUUUUGUUUUAGCUGCUUUCGAUUACAUUCGAUUUUAUAGCAAACGCUGUGUGCUAAGCACGACUCCACUAUCAUCAUCACAUCGAUCAUCAGAUUGUUAGGCGUUAAAAUAUCGAUCGAUGUCGUAUGGCAAGUAACAAAAG